CGCCGUCGCACGCUUACUUGAGCCCUACUUGUUUCCCUGUUUGGAACUUCAAAACCCUAAACCGUGCGGCAUUGACAGGAGACGAAACACGCACUCAAAUUUCUAGGUAUCACAAAUCUUCUGCGUUUCUUUGGGAGGGAAAGACUCCGAAGCUCAGCCAUGGCGACCACCAGAGUUCAGAGGAUCAUGACCCAGCCCAUUAAUCUCAUCUUCAGAUUUCUCCAGAGCAAAGCUCGCAUUCAAAUUUGGCUUUUUGAGCAGAAGGAUUUGAGGAUUGAAGGGCGUAUCAUUGGAUUUGAUGAGUACAUGAAUUUGGUUUUGGAGGAUGCUGAAGAAGUCCACAUCAAGAAAAACAUCAGAAAGCCAUUGGGAAGGAUUCUUCUUAAAGGAGACAAUAUCACUCUGAUGAUGAACACGGGAAAAUGAUGUCCCGGAGAAAUUGCCUGAAAACAAUCUAUUGUUUCUGUGCACCUCAUCCCGUUCUAGUUUAUCUUUUCUUUCAACUUGAAUGAAUUUCUCAUGUAAUAUUGAACCCCUCUAGUAAAAUUUUACAGAGGUCAUGUACCACCUGUUAUAUUCAGCGUAUGGACUACUUGACUC